GUGGAUACGCCAUCUUUAAAGUUGUGUUGCAGCUGAAUGGUGGAACAAACUGUGGUUAGAGAACAUAUCAAAGCGAGAGUCAUGUCAUUAGUGAGGUCAGCAGAGCCAUCCUCAUAUAGGAACCCGAAGCUUUACUCGUUGAAUGAGAAUGGUAACAACAAUGGAGUCACUUCUGCUCAAAUCUUUGAUCAAGACAGGUCCAAGAACCCUUGUCUGACUGAUGAUUCUUACCCAAGCCAAAGUUAUGAGAAGUACUUUCUCGAUUCGCCAACUGAUGAGUUUGUUCAACAUCCUAUUGGCUCCGGUGCUUCGGUUAGCUCAUUUGGCUCUUUAGACUCAUAUCCUUAUCAGUCAAGACCGGUUCUUGGAUGUUCCAUGGAAUUUCAGUUACCGUUUGAUUCAACUUCUACUUCAUCUACGAGGCUUUUGGGAGAUUACCAAGCAGUUUCUUACAGUCCGAGCAUGGAUGUGGUGGAGGAGUUUGAUGAUGAGCAAAUGAGGUCAAAGAUUGAAGAGCUUGAAAGAGCGCUUCUCGGCGAUGAAGAUGAUAAAAUGAUUGGAAUAGAUAAUCUGAUGGAGAUUGACAGCGAAUGGUCGUACCAAAACGAAAGCGAACAGCAUCAGGACUCGCCCAAAGAAUCAUCAUCUGCAGAUUCCAACUCUCAUGUAAGUAGCAAAGAAGUGGUGUCGCAAGCCACUCCAAAGCAAAUCUUGAUAUCUUGUGCUCGUGCGCUAUCCGAAGGAAAAUCAGAAGAAGCUUUGUCAAUGGUAAAUGAGCUGAGGCAGAUUGUUUCGAUCCAAGGAGAUCCUUCUCAGAGAAUUGCAGCGUACAUGGUGGAAGGUCUAGCUGCAAGAAUGGCUGCUUCCGGAAAAUUCAUAUACAGAGCAUUGAAAUGCAAAGAGCCUCCUUCGGAUGAGAGGCUCGCAGCUAUGCAAGUCCUGUUUGAAGUCUGCCCUUGUUUCAAGUUCGGGUUUUUAGCAGCUAACGGUGCGAUAAUUGAAGCAAUAAAAGGUGAAGAGGAAGUUCACAUAAUCGAUUUCGAUAUAAACCAAGGUAACCAAUACAUGACACUGAUACGAAGUGUAGCUGAGUUACCCGGUAAACGUCCUCGCCUGAGGUUAACCGGAAUUGAUGACCCUGAAUCAGUCCAACGCUCAAUCGGAGGGCUAAGAAUCAUCGGUUUAAGACUCGAGCAACUCGCAGAGGAUAAUGGAGUAUCCUUCAAAUUCAAAGCAGUGCCUUCAAAGACUUCGAUUGUCUCUCCAUUAACACUCGGUUGCAAACCCGGAGAAACCUUAAUUGUGAACUUUGCAUUCCAGCUUCACCACAUGCCUGACGAGAGUGUCACAACAGUAAACCAGCGGGACGAGCUACUCCACAUGGUCAAAAGCUUAAACCCGAAGCUCGUCACAGUCGUUGAACAAGACGUGAACACAAACACUUCCCCAUUCUUCCCCAGAUUCAUAGAAGCUUACGAGUACUACUCAGCGGUUUUCGAAUCUCUAGACAUGACACUUCCAAGAGAAAGCCAAGAGAGGAUGAAUGUAGAAAGACAAUGUCUCGCUAGAGACAUAGUCAACAUUGUUGCUUGCGAAGGAGAAGAACGAAUAGAGAGAUACGAGGCUGCUGGAAAAUGGAGAGCAAGGAUGAUGAUGGCUGGAUUCAAUCCAAAACCAAUGAGUGCUAGAGUAACCAACAAUAUUCAGAACCUCAUAAAGCAACAAUAUUGCAAUAAGUACAAGCUUAAAGAAGAAAUGGGUGAGCUCCAUUUUUGCUGGGAGGAGAAAAGCUUAAUCGUUGCUUCAGCUUGGAGGUAAGAUAAGUGACCAGAGCAUGCAUAGUCAUUAUGUUUCAUAAAAACACUGUUAUGUUUUUUAGUUUUUACUGUAAUCUUGGGUUAUUGUGUAACUGGUUAAAUCAUCUCCAUGUAUUAUUACCAGAGAUCAGGGGUGAUCACAGGUUCUAAAGCUAAUCUAACACUUAUGGAACAAAUUUUCUUUCUUUUU